AGACAACAGUGGGAUAGUCAGCGACACUACACCUGCCUGUGCGUCCAGCACAACUGAUUCGAAUCGCUCUUCUACUUAUCUGUGUUAUCACGGUGAAUGUGGGAGAAUGUUCUCUAGUCAAGGUCAACUAAAUGAUCACGUUCACCGCAAACAUGUGCGGCGAUACAGCUGCGAACAUCCAGGAUGCGAAAGAUCCUUCAACCUUCGCGCGGACCGAAACCGGCACAGUCGUACGCAUUUGCCUCGAGCAGUUCGAAGAGUCCACCACUGUUCCCAACCCGACUGUGGCAAAUCCUUCACUAGAAGAGAAAACAUGGUCAGACACCUACAAAAGCAUAAUCGGUCAAGAUCUGGCAGUGUGGUCACCACUUUCCCAGUUCCGGCACCUAGUGGUCCAGCGAUCACCCACAGACAUCCUAAAUGACACGAUGAUCUCAUUUGCUGGACUAGACCGACCUUUGAAAGAAUUGCACGAUACGUUUCCGCGGUACGCACACCACGCUUCCCAUAUCAUGGGAUUUCAAACCUGGGGUCUAACCACAACACCUUCACCACAAACUUUCUUCGCUAUCAAGACAAUCGAAGAAUCACACCGGCUUUCAUAUUCGUUUGAGCUUAAACAGUUGAAAGGCCUAAAACAGUGUUGGACCCCUUCGCCGCCGGAUUGGAAAUGCGAUCAGCUGCUCAUGGAUGAAACAGGCAUGGCUCGUUACAAUGUCCUUGUUUCUUUUUUCUUGUUUCCUUUUGUUAGUUUCAAACGGAGAGCACAAAUAUCAGUACUAUUCGAUCCUGGUUAACAUUGGUGCCGGCCGGGUGGCGAAAUGGGCUUUUGAGAUGGUGAUUUCGAGGUCGGA